AAUUUUGCGGGUUGCCGGCUGCUCUUUUCUAUCGAUUUCCUAUAAGAAGUUUUUAUUUAUUAUGCUGUAUACAAUCUAAAAGCUCUGCAGACCCAAGGUUUUGUCAACUCUCCGUAAUUCAACUGGUGACAAUGCCCCUUAAAGUGUUUCUUUAACGAAGAAUCAGUAGUUUAUGCUGGUUUUUGUCAGGAUGCCUCUUAUCUGCAGUCAAAGCAAGACACAUUCCUUUGAGGGCCCAUGGGGGUGGCUUAUAGUGGCUGCAUCAUUAAUUAUAAAUAUUUUUCUGCUUGGAUUCAUGCUGAGUUUUGGUGUUUUGUUACCAGUUCUUAGUUCAGAAUUCAAUGAAAGCAAAGGAAAAACAGCUUGGGUUGGCUCUCUUGCCACUGGGUUGUUGUUUUCUAUGGGCCUACCAGUUGUCCAGUUAACGGCAUUACUCACUUGUCGAGCUAUCUCCAUCACGGGAUGUGUGAUUUGCGCAGUGUCCCUCGUUUCCAGUUCUUUUGCAAAGAAUAUGACUGUUAUGUUCGUGUCAUAUGGACUGUUAGCUGGCAUAGGUGGUGGACUAAUCAUUGCAGCCAUACCUCUGAUAAUCAAAAAAUACUUCAAGACCAAAUUACCACUGGCGAUAGGUCUGGUUGCCUCGGGGGCAAGUGUGGGUGUUAUGGCUAUGGGGCCUACAUUACAAGCCUUAAUAGAUGCAUUUGGCUGGAGGAACUCGUUGAGGAUCAUGUCUGGGGUAGUUUUGUGUUUGGCAGUGCUUUGCCUUACGUUUGACCCUAACGUGGAGCAAGAGUCGACACAAGCAGAGCAACUGAAUGUGGAAGAAGUGCAUGUUCAAGUAAGGAAUGAGAAAGAAGACUUUGACUGUUCUGUGUUUGCCAAUCCAACAUAUAUGGUUGGGGUAGUCGGGAGUUUUCUCAUCUUCUUUGGGAUGUAUGUGCCCAUGUUUCAUCUGGUUCGAUUUGGACAGGAUCUUGGUUUUCCGAGCAGCAAGACAUCCUUACUCUUCAUAUAUAUCGGCAUCUGCUCCACUGUUUUCCGUGUUAUUAGUGGGCAAGUGAUCAGCAGACAAUGGAUGCGCCCGUUACAAGCCGUCCAAUUAGCAGCCUUCAUUAUGGGGUCAGCAAUGCUCGCAUUGCCACGUGUCUCCAAAUAUGGCCACUUGGUGGUGUUUGCAGUGGUUUAUGGGAUUGCCAAUGGCAGUUUUGCAGCGUCUUAUACGGUGUUUUUACUCACUGCUGUUAAGCCAAGGCAGGCUGCGAUGGGGAUCGGUUUUGGGUUCUUGGCUCCAUCCGUCGCUAUUUUUGCCGGGCCGCCAACUGUAGGUUUUAUUGCCGACCAACUAGGCUCCUACAUCCCGGCAUUCUACAUGGUGGGCGGCGUCAUCAUGCUGCCCUCCUGUUUGCCCUUUGUCUUACUGUGCUGUGACAGAGGGGGAAGGAAACAGGCUUCCCAAACACAGGAAUCACGACUAGAGCUCAUCGGUACUCGAUUGGCCAACCCUAAGGACUCGUCACUUUUCAUUAACGUCUUAUGACAAUCGUGACGUACUGUCACGAUUUCCUUGUCACGCCUUUGUUUGUCAUUAUUGUCACGUCAUUUACAUAUGGGGGCCCUGCAAAGAUUGGCCAACCCAAAGAACUCGUCACUUUUCAUUAACGUCUUAUGACAAUCAUGACGUACUGUCACGCUUUCCUUGUCACGCCUUUGUUUGUCAUUAUUGUCACGUCAUCUACAUAUGCGGGCCCUGCAAAGAUUGGCCAACCCAAAGGACUCGUCACUUUUCAUUAACGUCUUAUGACAAUCGUGACGUACCGUCACGAUUUCCUUGUCACGCCUUUGUUUGUCAUUAUUGUCACGUCAUCUACAUAUGCGGGCCCUGCAAAGAUUGGCCAACCCUAAGGACUCGUCACUUUUCAUUAACGUCUUAUGACAAUCGUGACGUACUGUCACGAUUUCCUUGUCACGCCUUUGUUUGUCAUUAUUGUCACGUCAUUUACAUAUGGGGGCCCUGCAAAGAUUGGCCAACCCAAAGAACUCGUCACUUUUCAUUAACGUCUUAUGACAAUCAUGACGUACUGUCACGCUUUCCUUGUCACGCCUUUGUUUGUCGUUAUUGUCACGUCAUCUACAUAUGCGGGCCCUGCAAAGAUUGGCCAACCCUAAGGACUCGUCACUUUUCAUUAACGUCUUAUGACAAUCAUGACGUACUGUCACGCUUUCCUUGUCACGCCUUUGUUUGUCAUUAUUGUCACGUCAUCUACAUAUGUGGGCCCUGCAAAGAUUGGCCAACCCAAAGGACUCGUCACUUUUCAUUAACGUCUUAGGACAAUCGUGACGUUCUGUCACGAUUUCCUUGUCACGCCUUUGUUUGUCAUUAUUGUCACGUCAUCUACAUAUGCGGGCCCUGCAAAGAUUGGCCAACCCAAAGGACUCGUCACUUUUCAUUAACGUCUUAUGACAAUCGUGACGUACCGUCACACUUUCCUUGUCACGCCUUUGUUUGUCAUUAUUGUCACGUCAUCUACAUAUGCGGGCCCUGCAAAGAUUGGCCAACCCAAAGGACUCGUCACUUUUCAUUAACGUCUUAUGACAAUCGUGACGUACCGUCACACUUUCCUUGUCACGCCUUUGUUUGUCAUUAUUGUCACGUCAUCUACAUAUGCGGGCCCUGCAAAGAUUGGCCAACCCAAAGGACUCGUCACUUUUCAUUAACGUCUUAUGACAAUCGUGACGUACCGUCACGCUUUCCUUGUCACGCCUUUGUUUAUCGUUAUUGUCACGUCAUUCACAUAUGCGGGCCCUGCAAAGAUUGGCCAACCCAAAGGACUCGUCACUUUUCAUUAACGUCUUAUGACAAUCGUGACGUACCGUCACGCUUUCCUUGUCACGCCUUUGUUUGUCAUUAUUGUCACGUCAUCUACAUAUGCGUGCUCUGCAAAGAUUGGCCAACCCAAAGAACUCGUCACUUUUCAUUAACGUCUUAUGACAAUCAUGACGUACUGUCACGCUUUCCUUGUCACGCCUUUGUUUGUCAUUAUUGUCACGUCAUCUACAUAUGCGGGCCCUGCAAAGAUUGGCCAACCCAAAGGACUCGUCCCUUUUCAUUAACGUCUUAUGACAAUCGUGACGUACCGUCACGCUUUCCUUGUCACGCCUUUGUUUGUCGUUAUUGUCACGUCAUUCACAUAUGCGGGCCCUGCAAAGAUUGGCCAACCCAAAGGACUCGUCACUUUUCAUUAACGUCUUAUGACAAUCGUGACGUACCGUCACACUUUCCUUGUCACGCCUUUGUUUGUCAUUAUUGUCACGUCAUCUACAUAUGCGGGCCCUGCAAAGAUUGGCCAACCCAAAGGACUCGUCACUUUUCAUUAACGUCUUAUGACAAUCGUGACGUACCGUCACACUUUCCUUGUCACGCCUUUGUUUGUCAUUAUUGUCACGUCAUCUACAUAUGCGUGCUCUGCAAAGAUUGGCCAACCCAAAGAACUCGUCACUUUUCAUUAACGUCUUAUGACAAUCGUGACGUACCGUCACGCUUUCCUUGUCACGCCUUUGUUUGUCAUUAUUGUCACUUCAUUCACAUAUGCGGGCCCUGCAAAGAUUGGCCAACCCAAAGAACUCGUCACUUUUCAUUAACGUCUUAUGACAAUCGUGACGUACCGUCACACUUUCCUUGUCACGCCUUUGUUUGUCAUUAUUGUCACGUCAUCUACAUAUGCGUGCUCUGCAAAGAUUGGCCAACCCAAAGAACUCGUCACUUUUCAUUAACGUCUUAUGACAAUCAUGACGUACUGUCACGCUUUCCUUGUCACGCCUUUGUUUGUCAUAUUAUUGUCGCGUCAUCUACAUAUGGGGGCCUUGCAAAGGGGGGUUACCUGUCAGUCAGGUCAUGUUAUUGUCACGUUCAAACAAUCGUUAUGGGUGGGAGUCAGGGGAAUAGGGGACUUGCGCUAGAUCACAUGAUCUUUCUGGGUGGCAAAUUCAAAACUAAUUAAUCAAACAAAAAAAUCAGAAAAGACUGCGCCCUUCACAAAAGAGAACGGCGAAAAAAUAAAAUCUUUAAAUGAGACUAAACCCUUUCUGAAAAAAAAGAGUUCUGGCUUUUUUCGUAAGCGCUGAAUAAGUUCUUUUUUUGUUUCUGUUAUUUUGCCGCUAAAAGCCUGAGCGCGCGCUAGUUUGCCACCCAAACAGUCACGUGAUCUCUUAGCGCAAGUCCCCCAUUUGAAAAACUCAUAAAUUUAAUCAGAAAUUGACUAUUUAAUGAGUAUAAAUAUUUAGAUUGUUUUUAGUAUUGUAUGUAUUAUAUAAGGUUAUAUGUAUUGCGCAAACGCUCUAGCUCAUCCCCCUAUAUAAAAGCUCCUUCAGAGUU